AUGCCACCCAAGGAGAAAGUCGUCUCGGUCAAGGGAGACGAGGCAGAGGAACUCGUCAGUCGUCCGCUGCGCUCAGUCGACCUCCUCGCAGACUCCCUCGAACUCGCUGGAUUCGGUCACUCGAAGUCUCGCGCGGGUCGCUCACGUCUCGCACCCACUCGCAAACAGGUCCUCAACUACCUCAUCGAGCAGAACCGUCCCUACGGCGCCACCGACAUCUCCGCGAACCUCAAGAACCGCGUCUCGAAGCCCCAGGCGCAAAAGGCGCUCGCGAGCUUGUUCGAGAAGGGCGAGAUUGGCGGGAAGACGUUUGGCAAGACGACGGUUUAUUGCCCGCUUCAGAAGGACGAGGAGCUCACCGAGGAAGGCGAAGGCGGAGAUAAACUCGAUGCUCAGAUCAAGGCUCUCCGCGAGGAGGAGGAAAAGCUCAAGGAGGACGUCAAGGUCCUCGCCGUGCGCAAAGCUGAAGCACUCAAGACGCCGAGGAACAGCGACUUGAGCGGAUUAGUCGCGAGUCUCGAGGCCAAGUCCAUCGAUGCCCGCCGCGCCGCCGCCUCCUCCGCCUCCUCGAACCCCUCGCCCACCCUCUCCGCCUCAGCCCUCUCCGCCCUCUCAGCGCAAUACACCUCCCUCCUCACCCUCGCCCGCAAGCGCCGCAAGAUCUGCCUCGAAAUCGAGGGGAUGUUGAUGGAGGGUUUCGACAAGAAGAAGGGACAGGAGGACGAGGUUUGGGAGGAAGUUGGUGGUGAGUAUGGAGGUGAGGAGGAGGAGGAGACGUGGACGUUGGUGAAGAAAGUGGAGGAGGUCGAGAAGGAGAUGAAGCGUAAGGCGAAGAUGGCGGCGGCAGCGGCCAAGUGA